CGAAAAUCAACGGGCCAUGUCUGUGUCCUGUCUUUCCAGCGUCUAUAAUUAUAAUUCAUAAUUAAAGCGGCUUCGAAAACAACCAAGAUAUAAGUAAAAUAAAUGACACUAAUUAUCUUUGUUGUUUGGACAUUUGGUCUCAAUCCCCGGGUCUCAAUCACCAGUAUUAGUGAAACUCCUGCGACUUUGAUGAGAUUCCUAAAUAGAGAGGCGGAGUUUUCCCACACUUCUCUCAGGUAGGAAUACAAUAGCGAAGUCGUGUGCCUAUGUCAAUCACUCAUGUUGUUCUGAAGUUUAAACCAAUCAGAUUACACAUGGCGUCUUACCAGACUUGAUGACCCCUUCUGAUUGGUCAACAGUGAUGGAACGUCUCGUGGGAAAGUGCGUCCCAAAUAGCGAUACACACGAUGGCCACAGGUAUAUAUCUACAGGUAUCUCGGUUGUAUAUCAUAAUAAUCAAUAUACUUGUCGACAGCACAACUAGCUCGAGCCAAAAGUUAACACACACACUCGUCAAAAUGUCUGAGAAAGCAAUGCUACAAAUAGAAGAAAAUAGAAUGCAGAAUCAAAGAAAGAGUAACAAACCAUUGAUGGAGAAGAAAAGACGUGCACGAAUCAACAAUUGUCUCACAGAGUUGAAAUCGCUCGUCUUGUCAGCAAUGAAAAAAGACCCAACAAGAUUCUCUAAACUCGAAAAAGCUGAUAUCCUUGAAAUGACAGUACAGCACUUACGCAAUAUACAGAGACACCCCGUGUCAAUGUCUAAAGAUGUCGCUUCCUCCAACAAAUACACAGAAGGCUUCAACAAAUGCGCUGGGGAAACAAUUCGUUAUUUGGAUUCGUCCGAGAAUACUAAGGAGAUCGAUGCUCAAACCAGAUCUCGCCUAAGUGGACAUUUAUCUUCGUGCAUGACCGCCUUGCGUCAACAGAAUAAACAGAAUAUUCAGGAACAAACCGUGACAUCAUCCCUCCAACAGCCGUUGAACAUACAGAUACCAAGUCCAACAUUGCGACUUAUGACACCACCCCCUACAGCCAGUCCCGAACCAAACAACCAAAGUCUACCCGUUACAUUGCCCUCUGGUCAAUGUGCAUAUCUGGUUGUUGGAAACACAAACAUUGUUCCGGUGGCACAAGUAUCGCCAUCUUUCGUUAAUGGCUUUGGAAAUGCCCUCGUAGUGGCUGCUCCUAUAGACAAUGUACAUCAGGUUCUACGACCGAUUCACCAAAAUGAUGAGCAAAAGACACUGAACAGAAGUUACACACCACCGCAAACCACCGUCCCCAACCUUGUAUCGGUCAGCCCCAAGACUGAUUCGAUGUGGAGACCGUGGUAAUACAACAAUAGAUUCAUUGAUGGGACGCUCGUACCAUAUACUGCUGGCAGUUUGGGAUUUUCUUGGUCCAAACGAUUGUUCAUGAACUGCAUAAACUGAAUCAAAAUACUCAUAUCUUAUCAUGUUUACAAUGUCAACUGCUGUUAAUGUUUGCCAAUGGCUCAGUGUUUGUUAGAUGUAUUUUAAGUUUCUGAACGCUGGCGUUCAGAUUUGUAUUGUCAACCAUGUUAAAGAAUGUGAAGAAAAAAUAAAACCAAUCCAAAAAAUAAAAUAAAAUAUGAAAAAUUAUUAAAUUUGUAUUUUUAUUCUCUUCUAUUGAUAAAAUGUACAAUGCCCCAGUUCAGGCAUUACACCUUUGUAUUGCAAGCGAAUGUUUUGAAAUGAAAAACGUCAAUCC